ACAGCCAUGGAGCAUAGGAAAUAGAAAACAAACGCUGUUUGAUGUUUUUUUUUACGGCAUCCCCAUUUUUUGGCUGCGACGGCUGCGAGCAACGCAAGCUUUGAUAGACAUAAUUAUAAAUAAUAUUUUUAAGUUUAGUUUAUUGUGUUAUACCGACCAGCAAUGUCAAACAACGGCACCCGCAAGCGUUCCCUGCCGUCGGCGCCGCGCGGUAAGCCGCGGAAGCCGCGCAAGCAGCUCUCCGAAGACGAAGACAGCAAUGACUCGGUGAAAUCAGAGCCGAGAGAGCAGCAGAGGACGCCGUCACCGAUGGGGGAUGAGCCUACUGUCAAAUUGCCCGAGGAGCUGCUGAAGACGUUCUACAAGACUCCCGGAGUUCUGAUGAUCUCCGGCCUGGUGUCCUGGGACCUGACGGCCAAGAAGGAGAACGCGACCGCCCGCACCCAUCCCAACCUGUACACGUUCCAGCGGCUCACAGACCGCAAGUACCGCCUGAUCGUGAGUUGUUGCAGCGCGGGUCACUCUAUCCUCAUUGGUGAAGAUGGUACAGCGUAUACUUUCGGUCGCAACGGCAGCGGUCAGCUGGGCUUCGGCGACACAAACACCCGGAACGUACCUGAAGCCGUGCCAGCUCUGCAGGGCAUGAACAUCAUCCACGCGGCCGUCGGGCGACACCACUCUCUGUUCGUCACAGACACGGGCACGGUGUACGCUUGCGGCGACAACAAGAGCGGCCAGUGCGGGUUGGGUAGCAGCUCACCGCAAGUGCUCAAGCCUACUCGCAUAAGAUACAACGGCAAACCAAUCGUCAAGGUGGGGUGCGGGGCUGAAUUCUCCAUGAUCUUGGACUGCAACGGCGGGCUGCACUCGUUCGGUCUGCCAGAAUACGGACAGUUGGGCCACAACACGGACGGCAAAUACUUCGUGACUUCGACGAAGCUCUCGUAUCACUUCGAGACGGUUCCGAAACAUAUCGCACUGUUCUUCGAGAAGACCAAGGACGGCCACGUGGUGCCCGUCAAGGACGUAGACAUAGUGGACUUCUCCUGCGGUAACAACCACACGGUGGCCAUAGACUCGAAGAAGCGCGCGUUCAGCUGGGGCUUCGGCGGGUUCGGUCGUCUCGGUCACGCCGAACAGAAAGACGAGUCGGUGCCUCGCCUCAUCAAAUAUUUCGAUACUGCCGCGCGCGGCGUGCGCUCCGUACACUGCGGCUCUACCUACAGUCUCGCUGUCAACGAGAUCGGUACUCUAUUCCUAUUCGGGCAGACAAAACGCACCGGAGAGGCGAACAUGUACCCCAAGCCCGUUCAGGAUCUCACCGGUUGGAACAUUCGUAGCAUCGGUACAAGCAACACCUCGAUCGUGAUAGCGGCCGACGACUCCCUCAUAGCCUGGGGCGUGUCCCCGACCUACGGGGAACUGGGCACCGGUGAAAUCACCAAGUCAACCGCCAAGCCUAAAGAGGUAACCCGCAUGGAGGGAACCAACGUGACCCAGGUGACCAUGGGCUACUCGCACACCCUGCUGCUCUGCGAUGACUCCACGGACGCGGCCAAACAAAAGAUCGCCACCAUGCCUGUCUUUGACCCUUAGAUUCGGUAACUGUAACUCCAAUGAAAUUAAGUCUGUUUUUGACCUACCUUUACACCCGUUGCUUAUGGUCGGGUUGCUAAUUUAAGUCUGUUUUAAAUCCGUCGAAACCUUUCGGUAACUUGGGUAUUUUUCGGUAACAUAAUCUACAUACUAUAACUUACCUUUCAGUAAUAUUUUAAGUCUGUUUUUAUCGUAAGUGUACUAUAACUUAGACCCAUAUACCCGUCGUCAACUGUAACUCAUCUCUGUUUAUCAACCCCCUGGGGUGUUUACUCUUCGGUAACACGAUCUACAUAGUAUAACUUACCUUUCAGUGAUAUUGGUAACUCCCCAAUACUUAAACAAUAUUUUUAACAACGGGUUGAUUACUAUACUAUAUAUUACCUUAGACCCGCCGCUAUUGAUAUAGGAGGUCCUAUAUAAAAUAGUCUGUUUGUAACCCAUCACAUGCUAUUACAGAUCUACAGCUUACCUUUUCGUGAUAUUGAUAACUCCCCAAUACUUUGUCUGUUUUACCCUACGAGUUAUCUACCUGCAAUGCAACUCGUACCUCUCAGUAAUAUUUUCAAUUCAAUUCAAUUUCAUAUUUUGACUCGGUUUAACCUGCUGGGGAUCUUUGACGUUGACCUUUCGGUAACUUUGCUAGAUAUUAGUGUAAUUCUUCCAGCCGGGCUAGCACAUGAUUGGCGCGAGAGUAUCUCGCCGCGACAUAGACUACCCGUCCCUCUUUAAUUCAUACAGUUAGUAAAAGACGGGUAGUCUAUCUCGCGGCGAGAUACUGUCGCUUCAAUCAUGUGCUCGGCCUACAGGUGGAUCUAAAUAUUAUUUAUAUCUUAGUUUCCAGUAACAACUCCCGCUUAUACCAUUAGUCUGUUUUUGACCUCCGGAUUUUCUUUAAUAUUUCCUUUCGGUAAAUAUUAGUAGUUAAUGAUACCAUAAGUUUGUUAAAACCCUUUGGAUAGAUUAACUUUGACACUUAACUGUUUCGAGUGUUAAUGAUAUAUCCACUAUUCUCAUAAGUCUUAUUUUCAACCCCCAGAUGACCUAUAUUCGACUUACCUUUUGGUAUCAUUGGUAUUUUUUUGUAUGAUUGGUAAAAACCUUCGGGUUGUUAUGGGAUUAAUACGUAUAUGAGAUGACAACCCUUUUUCGGUACUUAUCACCAUUUUUCGGUAACUUUAAUUAAUGAAAUAAAACUAUGAAAACGGAUUAUAUCGCGUAUAUUGAAUUUAUAAUACAUCCCGACGUUUCGAACUCUUUACAGCGUUCGUGGUCAACGGGUGACUGAGGAAAAAUUACAAAGUGCAAAAAUACCCACAUACUAAAAUAAUGAACAAUCAUAGACUACAAACUUUAAGGCUGGUUGUACAUGCAAAAUCGGUUCAUAA